GUGGCAAUCUCCGUAAUUCAGCGAAACAUGGACACCCAUUUCCGUAAAAUAACAACAACUUCAACAAACCUUUAUUAAACUCACUCUUUCAGUUUCUCUCUCCCUCACUCUGGCGUCUUCGAGUUGCAUAGCGAAGUCGUAAAAGAAGAUGGACAACAUGCACAGCUUCUGGCAGUUAGGGGACGAGCUUCGUGGACACUCAAAAGCAUCUGAGGAUCACAAGUGGUUAAUGGUUGCUUCUAAGUUAGCUGAGCAGAGAUCAAAGGCGGAGCGCUUUAACAACCUUGAUCUUUCGAAGGGUCCCAUGGAAACAAGGCCAAGGGAUAAGUUUGGGUUUCAGGAGGAGAACAAAUUUGACACUCUUAACUUGAGCAUGUUAAACCUAGAAUCUAAAUUUACUGAAAAUAUGAACAAAAACUCGCUUCGGAAUGGUGUUUACAAUAUGAAUGCGGUUUACCAGAAAAGCAAUGCAAACUUUGUGGGUAACAUGAACAGUAACAAGUAUAGCGGUAAUGUUCAGCUCAACAAAGACCCGCACAGCAACAACAAUAACAACAACAAUGAAAACAACACAAAUGCUACUGACAAAAGGUUCAAGACUUUGCCUGCAGCAGAGACACUCCCACGCAAUGAGGUGCUUGGAGGUUAUAUCUUUGUUUGUAACAAUGAUACAAUGCAGGAAGACUUAAAACGUCAGCUAUUUGGUCUGCCUCCAAGGUAUCGAGAUUCGGUCAGGGCAAUAACACCGGGGUUACCUCUAUUUCUAUAUAACUAUACUACCCAUCAGCUGCAUGGCAUUUUUGAGGCAACAUGUUUUGGGGGUUCUAACAUAGAUCCAACUGCAUGGGAGGAUAAAAAAUGCAAAGGCGAGUCAAGGUUCCCAGCUCAGGUAAGAAUUCGUGUCAGAAAAAUUUGCAAGGCACUGGAAGAAGAUUCAUUCAGGCCAGUUUUGCAUCAUUAUGAUGGUCCAAAGUUUCGCCUUGAGCUGUCAGUUCCAGAGACCCUGGACCUAAUGGAUCUAUGUGAACAAGCUGGUUCUGCAGCCUAAGGAAAUAAUCCAUCAUUCAAAAUAAUAUAUAGGUUUCAGUGUGCAUGCUGUGUGCUUUUGGCAGAUUUUCCAUGAAGCGUAAGCUUGGAAAGUAGUGUUUGGCGGAUCAUCUUUGGAUAAGUUGGGGGUAACAUGUUUGUGAAGAGUUCGAGCUAUGUUCUAAAUAAAUGUUUGUUGUGUCCGCUGAAGCUGCAUUGUAGCUAUUGCAUAUACCAUCUUAUGAUUGAUUGCUAUGGCAUCAUAGAGAUGACUGUCUGUAUUGUUGAAGUAAAGUCUUUAUGUUAAACCUGAAAAGAAAAAACAUGUAAAAGCAUUGUAAUUGUGCAAUCUUAUAUUGACUUGUUCGAAGUGAUCUUAUGUUAUAUAUUUUAAUAACUCCGUAAUAUUGAUUAUA